AUGCAGUUGGAGACAAUGCGUGAAAUUGUGGUGCUGCAAUCUUUUUGCACCCGAAGACUCAGGCCGAAGACUCAGGCGCAGCCUGGGUCGCCGGGCGCCUGUAGACUCUGGGCGAAGCCGCCUCACCGGGCGAAGCCUGGUGUUGUAUCGCCUGAAUUGGCGCCUGUAAUUGUAUUUGCAUCGCCUGACAACUCUGUAUUUUUCCCUUCUGUUCGCCGAAUCCUUUGUCUUUUCCUCCUCUCGCCUGACCUCUCGACCUAUAUUUUUGCAUCUUUCGCCCGAAUUCUGUCUUUACGCCUGAUGACCGCUUCAUUGUAUUUGCAUCUUUCUUCGUCUUUUCCUCUGACCAACUUAUUAUCUUUUUCCCGGCCAUCACUGCCUACUUUCGCCCGAUUGUAUUGCCUCUCGCCUGGAUUGACGCCUUGUAUUUUGCAUCUUUCGCCUGGAUUCGCCUGA